ACCAGUAUAUAAGUUGACGAAAAUUACUGGACGCGCGGAUUUAGAAGCCACAGCGGGGCAGGAAUCCAUGACGUCAACAAUGGCGGAGCCCCCCACCCUCCACUCCAUUCCGUCCAUCGGCGGUGCCUCUUCAUCUUCCAUUGGCGGCGGCGCUUCAAAUCGCCGAUCGUACAGCUGCUACAACUGCAACUUCUCCUUCCAUAUAACCCCCACCGCCAGCACAUCCGCAUCUUCUCCCUCCUCUUUCCGCUGCCCUCGAUGCCAUCACCGUCACCUCAUACCCCACCACACCGUCUCUCCCCCGCCACCUCCUCCACCUCCCUCUACUCUGACGCCGCAAAAUUCUGAUUAUGGCACUGGUUCAAGCAUCUUUGCUUACACCUCCGAUGAGUCGGACUCUGAUGAGGACUACGAUUCAGAUAAUUCGCUUCUAUCCUUCACAACUCCCAAUUUCCAUCCAUCUACACCUGCUUUGAAAUCAUUUGUCGGUUCACUUCCGAUUAAAACCUUUGCCCCAAAUUCAACUCCUUCACUUCCGUCGUGCUCAAUUUGCAUGGAGGAUUUCGAGAUCAAUCCAGGUAGUUCCUUAACAGUCAAUGAAUUGCCUUGCGAGCAUUAUUUUCACAAGGAUUGUAUUGUUGAGUGGCUUAAAAGGAGUAACACUUGCCCUCUGUGCCGCUACAAAUUCCCCGUCGAUCCCAACCCGGGAGAGGGAAUUGACCCGGGCGAGAAUCAGUGGGAAGUGGAGUAUGAUGCGGUUUUGGUGGUGGAUUUAGCUCCGAUAAGAGAGCCUGCGGUGAUUAGUGUUAAUGGGGAGAGGAGGGUUAACGGGGAGGAGAGUCUGAUUCCAAAUGCUGCAGCCUCAGGCUCUGAUAGACAGGUUUCAAGUCCGAAUGAUGGGGAUAUAAGUGGGUGGGAUUUCGACGCAAUGCAUGAUGAGGAUGGUGAUACCUUGAUGGUCGACGCCGUACAGUGUUGAUCAGCAAGGUGUCCGAUGCGUAUUCAGUUAUGUAUUUUUGGUUGAUGUAACGUCAGUUUUCUUGAAGAUCUUGGAGUUGAUUUCUCCUAGGAGCUUACAAACAUGGACCUGAGAAAGCAGCAGCUCUUCCGUGCAGAGUUUUGUUUUUUGUUUUGUAUAGUCUUUUUAGUAUCAAAACUUGAGUAGGGAUGGACCAGUAUAUCAACUGCAAGAGGUUUCUUGGA